AAAAAUCAAUAAAAUCGGAAAAGAAGCAAACGAAGGUCAGCUGCGUCAGGUGCACCAGAGAUUUGAUAAGAUUUUAUCAGAAUUGGGAGUUACAUUAUGAAUACAAGCAGUGAUGAUGCGAGUUCAACAAGCGAAUCUGUAUCAGACAAUGAUAGUGAUAAUGUUCCUGUUAUUAAGAAGUCAAAAGCCUCUACUUCAGCAGGGCUAUUGUCCGAACACAAUAAAGACAAUAACGAAGAAGAGUCUAUUAACUCAAUGCAUAGGAAUCAUCCGCCCUCUGUUACAUUAGAAGAUAUGAUAACAGAUAUAUGUUUCCACCCUAAAUUGGAUACUAUAGGGAUAGCUAGUAUCACAGGAGAUGUUUUCAUGUAUAAAUAUAACAAUGAAGAAACUAAUCUCGUAUCGACUAUGGAAUUACAUCUUAAAGCUUGUCGAGAUAUUGAGUUUAGUGAGGAUGGGCAGAAAUUAUUCUCGACUGGAAAAGAUCUCUGUAUAGCGAUAACCGAUGUAGAAACGGAAAAACUAGUCAGAUUGUACGAAAAAGUUCACGAGCAACCUAUAUAUACAAUGACGAUUAUCAACGAGCAUGUGUUUGUAACAGGCGACGAUGAUGGUGUAGUAAAACUCUGGGAUCUCAGACAAAAGGGAAGCGAGCCGAUAUUUUCUAUAAAGGAGGUAGAAGAUUAUAUUAGUGCAAUGAUAACUAAUACAGAUGCCAAGUAUUUAGCUUGUACUAGUGGUGACUGUUUAACGACUAUAAACAUACCUGAAAGAAAACUGCAUCUACAGUCCGAGGACCACGGCGAUGAGCUGACCUGUCUUGGCUUAUUUAAAAUGGAAAGUAAAUUAUUAACGGCUAGUAAUAAAGGGAAAAUGUAUGUAUACAAUUGGGGAGAAUUUGGACUACAUUCGGAUGAAUUCCCAAAUGCCACAAAGAAGGCAAUUAAUUGUAUGAUUCCUGUUACGGAAAAUGUGGUAAUAACUGGUGGAGAAGAUGGAAUAAUCAGGGCAAUCAGUUUAUUUCCUUAUCGCCAUCUUGGUAUAGUUGGGCAACAUAACUUUUCCGUCGAGACACUCGACAUCAAUAAUGACGGGACGUUAAUAGCAUCCUCUUCGCAUGAUAAUGAUAUCAACUUCUGGAAUGUACAAUAUUUCGAAAGUUUAAACGUCACUGAACCUCAAAAGGGUGGAAAGCGGAAAUGGCUCGAACACAAUCUUCCUAGUAGUAAAAUUCAUAAUCGAUCCGAUUUCUUUGCAGAAUUGUAA